AUGUUUGUUAUAAUUUCUGGAUCCUGUCAUGCAGAAAAUUUGGUUAGUUACGAUGAAUGGUGGGGUCCUGAAGGAUCCAGUACCGAAAAUGAUACCUGCAUCAGACCUUUUACCAUACAAUUUGAUGAAGAUUUUUCGCAGAUUAUAACCGAUCUAAAGUACCGUCUCAACCACCACCGCAACUUCACAUCGCCACUGAACAACUCAGCUUUCACAUACGGCUUCAAUUCAGAAGCCUUGCAAAGCUGGCUGACCUACUGGUCUGAUACCUACAACUUCACUGAACGGGAGACAUACCUCAACCAGUUCCCGCAGUACAAGACUAAUGUUCAAGGAUUGGAUAUACAUUUCAUUAGGGUCACACCGGAGGUACCUUCUGGAGUAGAAGUGGUUCCACUCCUGCUUCUUCACGGUUGGCCAGGGUCUGUUCGAGAGUUCUUCAAGGCUAUACCUCUUCUGACUGCUGUGGCCGAUGACAGAGACUUUGCAGUGGAAGUCAUUGCUCCAAGUCUGCCUGGAUUUGGGUUCUCUGAUGCAGCAACGCGUCCAGGCUUGGGUUCGUCAGAAAUGGCAGUGAUCCUCAGGAACUUCAUGUUCAGACUCGGCUACUCCAAGUUCUACGUACAAGGAGGAGACUGGGGCGCCUACAUCGCGACUGACAUGUGCACACUAUUCCCACAGGAGGUGAUCGGCUUUCACACAAACCUAGCCCUGUCUCUAUCUCCUGUGUCGUUAGGAGUUUGGGCCCUCGGUUCUCUAUUACCCUCAGCCGUAGUGGACUCAUCAGUCCAGGACAGAAUGUACCCACUUCUGAACAUCGUGGAGGGACUGUUGAGGGAGCUUGGGUACUUGCAUCUGCAGACUACCAAGCCUGAUACUGUUGGUAUCGCAAUGUCAGACUCCCCAGCCGGACUCCUGGCCUAUAUUCUCCAACUAUUCUCCAUGGCCACGACUAGAGAAAACAACAACAAAGCCGACGGUGGCCUGACGGACACCUUCUCCCGCGAGGAGUUGCUGGACAACCUCAUGAUAUACUGGAUGACCAACAGUUUCACCACAUCGGCAAGAUUGUACUCCGAAACUUUCAAUAUAAGGAAUGUUAAGAUGGGGAUUUAUGCAAUGCCGACAUCAGUACCAAUGUGGUCCGUUCACGCUAAAAAUGAGUUGGUCUACCAAUCACCGACGGUCUUGAAAUUCAAGUUCACCAAUCACGUUCACGCAACCAUUCUGGAUGAGUUUGGACAUUUUCUGGCACUUCAAGCCCCGGGGGUGUUUGCUGAAGAUGUACUGAAAGCAAUUACGGCUUUCAGGAACUGUAGCGUUAAUAAUAUUUGUGUUCAUGCGAGCUGAGAAAAUUGUAGCAGUUUUUUAUUGUAAUUUAUUUUUACUUGUUUAAAUAUUUUUAAAACUUUUUAAUUUUUUUGUAAUGUAUUUAUUUGAUUAAAUACCUCAC